AUGAGUCGUUUGAAAUACACGUCUGGCAACAAGCGCUACGAGGAAUGGGAGAAUCAAUCAGAGUACUCACACAAGCGGAGAUUCUGCUCCUCACUUGCUCGGAAUCUCAGUUUCGUGGUAGGACCGGACGAGUGGGAUGUAUCGACGCAGCGCCUGGAGCUUGUUUCCGGAUCUUGUAUACAGCGAUCAGACACGCUAUUGUCGAACGCCACACCAUCCCCAGACACAAUCUCGCGGUGGGAGCAGCACAAAGCCGAAAUCGGUCAGCUCUAUCAGCACCACAGCCUGGAAGAGGUUGUGCGCUUGAUGAAGGAACGGCACAACUUUGCGCCAAGCAUUCGCAGCUACAUACAGAGAAUCGCCGAGUGGGGGUUCAAGAAGCGACAAGCCACGUCGCUCACCAGGGGCGCUGAAUGUCACGAAUAG